UCCACCCAGCCUCGGCAGCCCUCGGUUGCAGCUAAGGGUUCCGCGCAGCGCUCCCGAGCCAGCUCACGGGAGCGAGCAGGGGAGGGGACCGCAGCCGGCGCCCCAGGGCAGGACGAGUCCGCUGCGUCUAGUGGGCAGGCGGCCCGAGCUGAGCUGCGGUAGCUCGGUAGCUCGAGGUGACAGCCCGCCCGGGUGGCACAACCUGCAGGGAGCGGUGGGGCGCCGGAGGGGGGUAGCUGGAGGGAGAACCUGCAGGCGGCAUGGCGGGGCUGCGGGCCAGGCGGGGCCCUGGGCCUGGGCUGCUGGCGCUGUCCACGCUGGGCUUCUGCCUAAUGCUGCAAGUCAGUGCCAAGAGGCCCCCCAAGACGCCCCCCUGCCCACCCAGCUGCUCCUGCACCAGGGACACCGCCUUCUGUGUGGACUCUAAGGCAGUGCCCAGGAACCUGCCCUCCGAGGUCAUCUCCCUGACCCUCGUGAAUGCUGCCUUCUCAGAGAUCCAGGAUGGAGCCUUCUCUCACCUGCCGCUGCUGCAGUUCUUGUUACUCAACUCCAACAAGUUUACGCUGAUCGGAGACAACGCCUUCACAGGACUGUCACACCUGCAGUACCUUUUCAUUGAGAACAAUGACAUCUGGGCACUGUCCAAGUUUACCUUCAGGGGACUCAAGUCCUUGACACACCUCUCAUUGGCCAACAAUAACCUGCAGACGCUGCCCAGAGACAUCUUUCGGCCCUUGGACAUCCUGAGUGACUUGGACCUGCGGGGCAACGCGCUCAAUUGCGACUGCAAGGUGAAGUGGCUGGUGGAGUGGCUGUCACACACCAACACCACCGUGGCUCCCAUCUACUGCUCCAGCCCACCCCGCUUCCAGGAGCACAAGGUGCAGGACUUGCCACUGCGGGAAUUUGACUGCAUCACCACUGAUUUUGUGCUCUACCAGACCCUGUCCUUCCCAGCAGUGUCAGCUGAGCCCUUCCUUUACUCCAGCGACCUCUAUCUGGCUCUGGCCCAGCCCGGCGCCAGUGCCUGUACCAUUCUGAAGUGGGAUUAUGUGGAAAGGCAGCUCCGAGACUAUGACAGAAUCCCAGCCCCCUCAGCUGUACACUGCAAGCCAAUGGUGGUAGACAGCCAGCUGUAUGUGGUUGUGGCCCAGCUGUUUGGUGGCUCUUACAUUUACCACUGGGAUCCCAACACCACACGUUUCACCAAGCUGCAGGACAUAGAUCCCCAGCGAGUGCGCAAGCCCAAUGACCUGGAGGCCUUCCGCAUUGAUGGGGACUGGUACUUCGCUGUGGCUGACAGCUCCAAGGCAGGUGCCACCAGCCUCUACCGUUGGAACCAGAAUGGCUUCUACUCCCACCAGGCCCUGCACGCCUGGCACCGGGACACUGACCUAGAGUUUGUGGACGGCGAGGGCAAGCCACGGCUGAUUGUGUCUAGCAGCUCCCAGGCACCUGUCAUCUACCAAUGGAGUCGUACUCAGAAGCAGUUUGUGGCCCAGGGAGAAGUGACCCAGGUGCCUGAUGCUCAGGCUGUAAAACACUUUCGUGCCGGCCGCGACAGCUACCUGUGCCUCAGCCGCUACAUUGGUGACUCCAAGAUCCUGCGCUGGGAGGGUACCCGCUUCUCUGAGGUGCAGGCCCUGCCCUCCCGUGGCUCGCUGGCCCUGCAGCCUUUCUUGGUGGGCGGCCGCCGCUACCUGGCACUGGGCAGCGACUUCUCCUUCACCCAGAUCUACCAGUGGGACGAGGGAAGACAGAAGUUUGUGCGGUUCCAGGAGCUGGCUGUGCAGGCCCCCCGGGCCUUCUGCUACAUGCCUGCUGGGGAUGCUCAGCUGCUCCUGGCCCCCAGCUUCAAGGGACAAACGCUGGUGUACCGACACGUCGUGGUGGAUCUCAGUGCCUAGAGGGGUGCCCAGGCCUCCAGGUUCCUUAGGUUGGCGCUAGAGGCUGGGUGGGGGGGGCCUCUAUGAGCAGCACAUGUGCCUGUGAAGUUCACAUGCGGCCAACCUGCUUUUGUGCCCCUAUACACACACACACACACACACACACACACACACACUCGUGAGCCCAGGCACACAUCAUGAACUAGCCCAGGGGAGCCUUUCCUCGUCAAUGUAGUCAGCACGAGCACCUAUGUAUACACCAGGCACCCCAGCACCCAGGUCCUGUAGUAUGUGUGCACAUGUGGCUCCCCCACCCAGAGGCCACACCCCCUUUCUCAUGCACAUGAUUGGUGGGUGGGGCAUGUGGAGGAGAACACCCUCUUGUUCUUCGGCUUAGCCUUCCCGUGGGUGCUCCAGGUGUGUGUUUACCUGCUCCAACUCCGUGUUGCAACCCUGGCCACAGCCGUCACUCUUCCAGGUGCAUCCACCCAUGCUGGGCCCCUUCUGCAUGCACACGUGGACACCGGCAGACACACUUGGUCACCCACUCCCACUUCCAUGUAUACACAUGUCCAGGCGCGUGCGCACACAUGCGGACUCACGCUGCCCGAGGGGCUCACCUCUGUUCCUUGCUUGGCACUCUUCUUAGAGGGGCCCACGUCACUGCUCCUCCUCUGCUCACCCAAGUGUGCCCCCCUUGAGGCUGGAAAGGAAAAGAAUGGUGGCGAGCCUGUGAUUCUGGUGUGGCCUCCUGAGGAUGAAGCUCCUCUGCCCCAAAGCAAUAACAGCAGCAGCGGCAGUCACCCCUGGGUUCUUCCCAGUGCCAUCUACCCUCGUCCUGGAGUUUCCUUCUGUGACCUGAAUGCCAGCUCACCUGGGGACUGGAAACUGCUGGGAUGGAAGUUUUGUUUCUGCUUUUCCCUCUGUAGCUAUUGCUUCCUCAGGCUCGGACUACGCUCCGCUCUCUCCAUCUUUGGAAUGUGGAUCUGUACUGCGAUUGCUCCUUGGGGCGUGAAAGAGCUGGCCGAGCCAGAGAAGCUGGGGCACCUGAGCCACCUAUGUCAGGAAUGGAUCCUGGCUUCGAGCAUCUCGGGGCCCUGGCACCCCUCCACUCACACAGGCAUACCCCAGGACCACUGCCUCUCGGUGGAGGCGAGCAGUGGGCGUGUGAGGGGCCUGCUCAGGGUGCCUGGGAGCCAGGCUUCUGCUGCCCUCUGCCGUGCACUGGGAACAGAGCUCUGUGAGCCAGGCUGGAGGAGGUGGGGAGUGUCCAGAUUGCUGGGACUCCUUGUGGCAGGAUGCCCGGGGCAAUUGGGGGCAAUGCUAUGAUUCACUUGCUUCAAAUAAAAAGUUCCACCCCAUUG